ACUACCUGCCCCAACAUGCACAACUGAUGCUUUGUCUCCCCGCCCCAACAAUGUUCAACUACAAGUCAACAUACAUACAUGACAACGAUAUGAGAUGUAGCAUAAUGAGAGAGAGUGGUGGGACUGAAUGAUUGUGCUUGAUACGCACCGUUAUAAUUAAAUCAAUUGCUCUACUCGCAGCCAGUAAAUAUAUAUAGUCACACACACACACACACGAGACAUGCAUAUAAAUAUAUACACAUAUGUAUAUGCAUUGCUCGGCGAUUAUCUGAAGUACCGCCCUGCAUUCAAUCUGAAGAAAGACUCAUUCACAUCACAUGGCCCGCGUCAUUUCUGAGAAAGUGAAGCUUCUGAUUUCCUUGAUCCUACUGCAGUUCUGCUUCGCAGGUUUUCACAUCGUCUCCAGAGUCGCCCUGAACAUUGGCGUUAGCAAAGUGGUCUAUCCUGUUUACAGAAACGUCAUCGCAUUGCUACUGUUGGGUCCCUUUGCCUACUUCAUCGAAAAGAAGGAGAGACCACCACUCACGUUCUCUUUAUUGGCUCAGUUCUUUCUUUUAGCACUCGUGGGGAUCACAGCAAACCAGGGCUUCUACAUCCUCGGCCUAUAUUAUGCAUCUCCGACCUUUGCAUCUGCAAUGCAGAACUCAGUUCCUGCGAUCACUUUCAUCAUGGCAUCUGCUCUGAGGCUGGAGCAAGUUCAGAUCACAAGGAUAGAUGGAGUAGCAAAGGUUGUAGGGACUUUAGCAAGUUUGGGAGGUGCAACAAUUAUCACCUUGUACAAGGGCCCUGCUAUUUUGAACCAGCAGCAGGAGUCAAAACCACAUGGAGCGACGACGACUACUGAUUCGCUUCCUCCGCUCACCUCAACAAAUUACGUGCAGAGCUGGACAUGGGGAUGCAUAUUUCUAGUUGGGCACUGCUUAUCCUGGGCCAGCUGGAUGGUCCUUCAGGCCCCCGUCGUGAAGAAGUACCCGGCCAAACUCUCCCUCACGUCAUUCACAUUUUUCUUUGGAUUAAUUCAGUUCUUAUUCAUAGCAGCUUUUGUGGAAAGGGACCCAACGCAUUGGCAAAUUCAGUCCGGAGAAGAGAUCUUUACAAUCUUAUAUGCUGGAGUAAUAUCUUCAGGUAUAGUGAUCUCUCUGCAGACCUGGUGCAUCCAGAAAGGAGGUCCAGUGUUUGUGGCGAGCUUCCAGCCCCUCCAAACAGUAUUAGUUGCUGGAAUGGCGUUCGUCAUCCUGGGCGAUCAGUUAUACUCUGGAGGUGUCAUUGGUGCUGUUCUAAUUAUGAUUGGCCUCUAUCUAAUCCUAUGGGGUAAAACAGCCGAGACAAGAAGAAACCUAAGCCAAGAUUCCACUGCCAAAGAAGAGUCGUUGACAAAACAUUUACUACACCGAGAUCAAGAUGAUGAUGAUGAGCACCAUGGAAAUGAUAUUCCCUCGCUGGCAUCUAGGAUUGAGAUUGGGAAUGGGAAUGGGUUUCGUGGCAGCGCGGACGAGGGUAAAAUCAUAGUUAUUUGUGGUGCAGCUGAGCAAAUCCUAGCACCUAAAUCAAUAAUAAACGUACUACAUGUUGGGGGCUAAAGAAUAGAAUUGAGAAAAUAGGGAGAAAAAUGGAAAUUUUCAAAAGGUACUAAUCAUCUUGAAUAUAUUUUGUAUCGCAUAAGAUCGUUUUUAUUAUACAAUAUUUGAA